AUGCCUACCAAGCUCCAUAGACACAAACGGCGCCCCCCUAUUGUCAUCAGGUGGAUGGUGAGAGUACAGGUGAUGAUGACUGACGCUCAGUGCUGGGUCUCAGGCGUGUGGCUCCUGCUGACCCUGCUCUGCUCUCUUCACUGUGUGGUCAUCUGCUCAGUGCUGCCAUAUGACCACAACAGCAAAGGAAACUUAGAAAUACACAAACGAGAUGUUUUUGGUGGUGGUCCUGGUUUCCCUGAAGGACCAUGGCCUCCUUAUGAUUUAGAGAAUUUGCCAUUUCAGAUCCAAAACCCAAUAAGAUUGGUGAAUGGGAUGAAGGCCUGUGAAGGUCGUCUGGAGAUCUUUCAUGAGGGAGAAUGGGGAACUGUGUGUGACGACGACUGGGACAUGGUGGAUGCCAGUGUGGUGUGUCGCCAGUUACAAUGUGGACAACCUCAAGCCACACGCACUACAGCAUAUUUUGGGCCAGGGACAGGUCCAAUCCUGAUGGAUAAUGUGGAAUGUGACGGAUUUGAAGCAGAACUUGGCCAGUGCAAAAGUGCAGGAUGGGGUGUUCACAACUGCUCCCACUAUGAGGAUGUGGGUGUUCAGUGUAAAGAAAUAUUGUCUGGGGGGAAGGAUUUUGGAGAAUUCACCACUCCAUGGCCCACAGUUGGACUUGGUCCCUCCAGUGGUGAUAUCCGCCUAGUGAAUGGGACUCAUGAGUGCGAGGGCCGGGUGGAGAUCUUCUACAAUGGCGUGUGGGGAACAGUUUGUGAUGAUGACUGGUCCAUGAAUAACUCUCGUGUGGUGUGCUGGCAGCUGAAUUGUGGGGAGGCUCUCAGUUAUCAUGGCAGGGCAUACUUUCAACGAGGAACUGGGGAGAUCUUCCUGGACAAUGUAAACUGCUACGGUUAUGAGGAUAAGUUAGAAAAAUGCCCACACUUAGGCUGGGGCACACACAACUGUGGCCAUCAUGAGGAUGCUGGUGUGACUUGUGCUCUUCCAACAACUACACAACAAAGCAAAUGGAAUGGAACAACAGCUGCUACAACUACUACUAUGAAUGUGCCUACUACCACCAGUGCUGCUACAACAACAACUACUACUACUACUAAUGCCCCUACUACCACCACUGCUGCUACAACUACUACUACGAAUGUGCCUACUACCACCACUGCUGCUACAACUACUACUACGAAUGUGCCUACUACCACCAGUGCUGCUACAACAACAACAACUACUACCACUAAUGCCCCUACUACCACCACUGCUGCUACAACUACUACUACUAUUGUGCCUACUACCACCCGUGCUACUCCUGCAAUCCCUGCCACCUCCGCCACUACUGGUACUUCUACUACUACAGGUAAACCUGGUGGCAACAGAGAUUUUACUGCCUUCACAGUUACUCCAGCGCCUGCAACCAAAACAACUACGUCACCUACCACAACUACAAAAGCACCUACCAUUAUUCAGUUGCCAGCACCUAUUAGAUUGGUGAAUGGGAAUCAUAGGUGUGAGGGAAGAGUGGAAAUCUGGUAUUCGGGCACCUGGGGCACAGUGUGUGAUGACAACUGGCAUAUAGCUAAUGCCGUGGUAGUGUGUGCACAGCUCAAGUGUGGUUCUGCUAAAGCGGCGCUGGACAAGGCUGCUUUUGGGGCUGGUGUUGGUCCGAUCUUGUUGGACAACGUGGACUGCCGUGGGAAUGAGGCAGGCCUGUCUUUCUGCUCAAGCUCGCGCUGGGGAGAACAUAACUGUAAUCACAAUGAAGAUGCUGCAGUCAUCUGUGACUCGAUUGAAAUAACACAACAAUCUGGAGAACUUGCUCGUAACUUGCCAGGUCUAGCAGCACCUGCUCCUAAACCAAUGACAACAGCUCCUCCAACCACAGCUCCCUCAGGUACAUCUGUAUCUUAUGUUGAAAAUGGGUUUAAAGCGAUAAAUAGAGGAACACUUAGGCUUGUUGGUGGGCACCAUCCCUGUGAAGGGCGUGUAGAGGUGUACCUCCAGUAUGAGUGGGGAACAGUGUGCGAUGAUGCCUGGGACCUCCCGGACGCAAUGGUGGUCUGCCGUGAGCUGGGUUGUGGUCAGGCUGUAGAAGCCGUGCCAGAGGCCAGGUUUGGGGCUGGUACUGGGACAAUCCAAAUGGACAAUCUCAAGUGCUUGGGUUCAGAAAGCUCUUUAAUGAAAUGCUCUUAUAUUCCAUGGAAUGUGCACAACUGUGAUCACAGUGAAGACGCUGGUGUAGUCUGCCAGACACUGUGAUCAAACAGAGCCACUCUCCAACAGCUGUGACUCCACACCGGUGUGCCAAACUUCAGCCUGUACACAUUCUGUAAAUAGUGGCUUGAAAUGAUUGCAACAUUGGCAGUUUAAUUAAUAAGUACUUCAUUAUAACAUUCUUUACA